UCUAUAGGGCAGGGAUACUUUAGUCAUUUUACAUGGGACCCGUCCGACACAGGGCAAAAGAUCAAAGUACAAAGUAAACAAUGGCCACAGAUCAAUUACUAUGUAAAGAGUGGCAAAUUAUCGAAGUGCAAAGUAAGUGGGGGCAAAAAUUCAAAAACCCCGGUUAACAGUACCUUUCCAGAUUCUCAAAAAAAGAAACAGUACCUUUCCAGAAAAGAGACACUCAUAGAUGAAAAUUUGCCUCCUUGUAGUAAGGUAGUGAACAGUGAAUUAUUGAAGACUGAACAUAAAACGGGAAAGCUUCAACAGGAGGAUAUAGUAAGGAUGGAAGGUGGUUGUAAAUUUUUUUCAUACCUAACCAUUUACAGUACUAGGUAUGAAUUUUUUUUACAACUAUAUCCCCGCAAAAUUUUCUUUUUAGUAUAUAGCUACAAUAAUAUUCUUCGCAUGGAAAGAAAAAAUAGAACUGUAAAAACAAUGGCAGUCAACGAAUGGAACUGUUUUUACACGCGCCGUGUCGCCUGCGCAGCCGAGCUCGCCGCAGCCGGCAGCCCGAGCUCCAUGCCAUGGACAUGGGCAGGGCAGAAGAGAGGAUGCCAACGGGCGGGGUGGGAGAGAGGGCGCUACUCAGCGCAGAGGCGACGUUGGUGAGAGGGGCAUUCAUGUUCCACCCCCAACAGCGGCAUCGCACACCGACGGUUCCUCCGAACGCAGCCGCCAGCCGCCGACAUCUGGCCGCUCGCCAUUCCUUCUACAAAGGAAACGGGCGGCGCAGCCUGGAGUCCUGGACCGGCGCGAAGCCAUUAAGCCAACGGUGACUUGCCGACGUGCUGCUCCACUGCGCCGGUGUCUGCACGCCAACUGUUCGACGAAUUUACUCAUCCGCAUUCGGAGUGUCUUGCUGAAUUUGCGAGCCUUGUUUUGCAGGGUCUGCGGACAGUGGACCAACGGCAGUGAGAGAAUCUAGCAGUUUCAGCUGCAAAUCAGGCCAGAAUUUAAGAGCCUACCGUCGACCGGGCGGUUUCUCCUUGGACUUGUUCGUCUGCCUGCAGCUUGCCCGUUGACUAAUCCCCCCUCCCUUGCAACGGAUCUCGCAUCCACUUCUGCACACUCCGUCACUUUUGUCUGCACAAGUCUCCAAGGGAACAUACGGAAAUUAUCUUGAUUCCUCUUGAGAAAACCUGAUCUUCUUGCAUAGUAUCUUCUAGAAAGAGGAAAUUGCUUUGUUUUGUGACAAAGCGUACUUUUCUUGAAGCAACUUCUGGAAACAGAAGAUCCACGUAACUUUUAGAAAGGGAAAUUACUUUAUUAUGUGUCGUGAUAAAAUCUGAUCUUCCUGAAGCAACUUCUGUAAAGAGGAGAUCCACACCAAAAUUCAAACUGUGGUAGCAUAAGUCAUGUACUACAUCUUUCACAAUGAGCUUGGAAUCUAUUUAAUUCCAUUUCUUAUCAGCAGGUAAUUUCUUUUUCCUUAUUGUUGAUGAACUUCUGAGCUCGUAUAACUAAAUUUAAUGAUUGCGCUUGAUGUUGUGAGUGUUAAAAAUGUCAAAACCUACACUUUAAUGUCAGUUGAUAUUCAUUUCUGAUAAUUUAUUUGCAGGGCAUUCUUCUUCCCAUUUUGAUAGCUGGACAGGCCAAUUCGUUUUUCAGUAUUUUGCUUGUAUUUUUCUUUAAACUAGUUGCAACAAUGGCGGCUGUGGGUAGUUGGUUUGGUGCUGCUAUUGGCACGGUCAUAAGUCCAUUCAGAGAUAUUUUCUUCAGACAUGCAAUGUAUUGCUUCAACCCUGGCAAAUACGUGCGAGAUCAUGAUAGGGAUACUCAGACUUUGAUUGGCAGACGAAGUGGUGUCCAAGGCGAGAUCCGAACUGGCACCCCGAAUGGCUUGGUAGCAACAGAUGAUGCAGAUUCUUGGGUGAAAAGGGCAAAUCAAGCUAUAUCUGAAGAAAGGAGAAACCAUCAACAUUAUGAUGACAGACGCAUAAUUUCUAAAUGUUGCUCCCUAAAUUGCUGCGCCAACUACAAAAUUGCUAAGAGAGCAGUUGAGGCGCGACGUGAAGUGCGCGCAUGUCUUGACAGUAUACCCAGUAAUUCUACAGUCAGACCACCGCCACCUUCUGUCAUAGAUAUCCCCAUCCAUUCCGCUCAACUGGCAAGUCAAGACAGUAUUCUCCAGACUGCUUGCGAGAGCAUCAAUAAUCAAGUUGGAAUGAUUGGAAUAUGGGGUCCAGAUGGAGUUGGGAACACACAUCUCCUGAACAAGAUCAACAACUCCUUUGUUGGACCUAACCCUCCAUAUUUUGUUAUCUUUGUUACGGCCUCCAGAGAAUCCUUGGUACGAAAUAUUCAAGCUCAAAUUAUACAACGUCUCGAAAUAAGAAAGGAUGAUGUUGUGCCAAAUCCAGCCACCAACAUAUCAGAACAACUCAGGACAAGAGACUUUCUCCUGUUGGUGGAUGGCCUUUAUGAGAACCUAGACCUUCUAGAAGUUGGCAUUCCACAUCCUCUUGGAAUAAUUGAGGGCCAAUUCAAGAGGAAAGUGGUAAUCACAUCACAAUCAAAAACUGUAUGUGACCGAAUGUUUGUGAAUGAAUAUAUAGAGAUGCCUGGUUUGGGUGAGACUGAAUCCUUCGAGCUAUUUGCACAAACUUUUGGUCAGGAAGAUAUUGAUUCUGAUCCCCACAUCAGGGCCAUAGCUCAUGAUCUCGUAAAGGAACUAAAAGGUGUGCCGUCAGACUUAAUACAUUUUGGGAAACAAAUGGUAGGUAAAAGCGAUCCAGGGGAGUGGGAAGAUGUCAUUUGUACAGUAAGGAAGUUGAACCUUCAAAAGAAAGACCCAACUUUGGGUGGAAGGACUUUGAAAAAUCUCAAGGAUGCCACCAACAACUUGGUUGCGAGGAGCAAAGAUGUCCAUAAUAAGAUUAAGGCUUCCGAGCGGGAGGGCAUGACAUCCACGAAUGAGGUGAACAAAUGGCUGGAACAAGUGGAUACCAUCAAUUAUGAUGUGGAGGUAAUCUUUGCGCGCAACAAGUUGAAAAAGGAUGUUACUAUGGAAGCAAUCAAGACGGUUCCUCAGGUCCAAGAAUGUCUCAGGGCUUGUCCCAAUAAUAUUGCAUUUGUGUCAGUGCCACCUCCUGCCCAAGAGAUACCGGGCCCCUGUAUGUCUUCCCAGAACCGUAACCUUAAAGAGGCUCUCCAGUUCAUUAAGGAUGACCCUGUGGGAAUGAUUGGAAUAUGGGGUCCAGGUGGAGUUGGGAAAACAUAUCUUCUGAACAGUAUCAAUAACUCAAUUGCUGUUGCUGGAGGCAUUUCAUUUGAUGUUAUCUUUGUGAGGGCCUCUAGGGGGUGUUCAGUGGAGAAGAUCCAAGGAGAUUUCCUAAUGAAGCUCGGAAUGAAAGCAGAUGGUAAUGUGGAAUCUCAAAGCCAAAAGAUUUUUAAUUUCCUGAAAAACAGGAGCUUUCUUAUACUGUUGGAUGACCUUUGGGAGCAAAUUGAUCUGCAAGCAGUUGGCAUUCCUUAUCCUCUUGGAAUUCUGGGCCAAUUCAAGAGGAAAGUGAUAAUCACGUCACGAUCAGAAAACGUAUGUCAUCUGAUGGAUGUGAAGGUGCCUAUAGAAGUGCCUCGCUUGGAAGAUGGUGAAGCACUCCAGCUAUUUAAACAAACGGUUGGUCAGGAAAAUCUGAAUGAGGAUCCGCACAUCGGGGCCCUUGUGAUAGAUCUUGUCAAAGAACUACAAGGUCUGCCAUCAGAAUUGAUACAUUUUGGGAAGGUAUUGCGAAGAAAAAGAGAUCCAAUGCAGUGGGAAAAUGUCAUUCAGGCAGUAAAGAAAUCAAACCUUUGUAAGGAUGACCCAUUGUCUGUGACAGGAAAGAUUGUGAAAGAUCUUAAGGAUGCCAACAAAAGCUUGCUUGCAAGGAGCAAUGACAUCCGCCGUAGGAUUGAGACUGACGAGCGAGAGGGCAGGACAUCCACGAUUGAGGUGGAUGGAUGGCUGGAAAAAGUUGCUAUUAUCAAUUCUGGUGCACAGGUAAUCUUCAAUGGCUAUGAGUUGAAUAAGGAUAUCAGAAUGGAGGCAACUGAGAAGCUUUCUGAGAUCCAAGAAUGUCUCAGGGCUUGUCCCGAUAAUAAUAAUAUUGCACUUGAGUCUGUGCCGGCACCUACCCAAGAGAUACCCGGUCCAUCAAUGUCUGCUGAGAACUGUAAUCUUCAAAAGGCUCUCCUAUUCAUUAAUGAUGACCCUGUGGGAAUGAUUGGAAUAUGGGGUCCAGGUGGAGUGGGGAAAACAUAUCUUUUGAAAAAUAUCAAUAACUCAUUUGGAGGCAUGUCCUUGCAUGUUAUCUUUGUGACAGCCUCCAAGGGGUGUUCAGUGCAAACCAUCCAAGAGGAGAUUCUAAAGAAGCUCAGAAUGCCAGAAGGAGCUAAUGUGGAAUCUCAAUGCCAAAUCAUUUACGAAUUCCUGAAAAAUAGAAGCUUUCUUCUUUUGUUGGAUGACCUUUGGGAGCAAAUUGAUUUGCAAGCAGUUGGCAUACCAUAUCCCCUUGGAAUUGUAAACCAACUCAAAAGAAAAGUGGUUCUUACAACAAGAUUAAGAAAAGUUUGUGGUCAAAUGGAGGUAAGGGAAGAGUUAAUAGUCACUUGUCUGCAGGAGGAGGAUGCAUGGCAGUUAUUUAAAGAGAAGGUCAGUCAGGAAACUCUUUCUUCAAGUCCUCGUAUUGAAACCCUUGCAAAAGAACUUGUGAAAGAGCUGAAGGGUUUGCCAUUAGCUUUGAUAGUUAUUGGAAAGGCAAUGUAUCCAAAAACUGAUCCGAUUGAAUGGGAAUAUGCUAUCGAGCAUAUGCAACGAUCAUGUUGUGACGAGGAUAAUCCCCUGUCUAUAGAAAAUAUUUUCGGACAACUCAAGUUUAGUUACGAUAAUUUACGGAGUGACACAUUGAGACAUUGUUUCUUGACUUGUGCACUGUGGCCAGAGGAUUGGGAGAUUAUCAAAGCUGACCUUGCACAAUGCUGGAUGGGCUUAGGUCUAUUGGAUGAGUGUGAUAUUCAAAGGUCCUACUCACAAGCAUAUAGUCUAAUCGGCGACCUUAGAGAUGCAUGUUUAUUAGAGAACCGGGGAAAUUGGUAUGGUUCUGUUAAAGUGCAUGACGUGAUUCGUGAUAUGGCUUUGUGGAUCUCUUGUGGCUGUGGUGAGAAUAACAACAAUUGGUUUGUCCGUGCAAAAGUUGCCACAGAAGAAAGAUUUAGCAUCCCUUGGGGCAAAGCUGAGUACAUCUCGUUGAUGUUGAAUGGAAUGAGUAAACUUCCUUCCUUUGGCAAUGAUCAUGGCCCUAUGAAACUGAUGACAUUAUGCCUUCAAAAUAAUUAUUUUGAUGGAAGCAUAGUUGAAACAAUCAAGAAUUUCGCUUCACUGACAUAUUUGGAUUUGAGGACGAACCUUCUCAAGGACAUACCUGAAGAAUUAUGCUCCUUAGUGAACUUGGAGUACCUUGAUUUGUCACAUAAUCCUGACAUAUACCAAUUGCCGGACUGCUUUGGAAAGCUCAUUAAGCUCAAGUUCUUGUACUUGCAGUGCACGGACAUACGAAUAAUACCAAAGAAGGUGAUAUCUAACCUUAAAGCUUUGCAAGUGAUAGACAUGAGGACUUGGCGGGCAUAUCGUGGAGGAGGCUCUAUCAACUAUAACCCUGCAAUAUUCCAAGAGUUGGGCACCCUUGAUCAGUUGAAAGCAGCUGGUAUUGAGGCCGAUGGUUUCACAGAGUAUGAAUCACUAAGAGAUGUCGCAGCUAAUCUCCCCAUUCGAUCUUUAAUUAUGGGGAGUCUCAAAGAAACACACCCCUUAUGCCUCUCUGAUAUUCUUUCAGCCGACUUUGCACGACGAACCUUGUUUGAACUGGAAAUUAUAUGGAGCAAGAUGGAGCAAAUAACAGGAAGACAAGAACCAAACUACUGUUUUGGUACUCUGAAUAAGCUCUUCCUGUGGUUUUUGGUGAACUUGAAAGAGAUCACAUGGGUGGGAAGGUCUCCAGCGUCUGUGUUUCCAAGGCUCACUUGUGUGAAUGUGAAUAGCUGCUCAAAGCUAGAGCACCUCUCUUGGACGAUGUACCUGCCCUGCCUUGAGCAGUUGGAGGCACGUUUCUGCGACAACAUGAAGGAAGCAUUUCGGAGGACCGUGCAUCACGGUGAAAUAACGAGCACAGGUCAAGAGAGUUCAAGUGCAUCUGAAGGUACAUUUCCUUGCCUGAAACAGCUGCGCCUUUCGGACAACCCAAAGCUGAUCACCAUCUGUGAUCCCGACGUGACGUUCCCGUCCCUGGAGCAGCUGGUGCUCACAAAGUCUCCAGAGUUGAUCAGGCUCCCUUUCCAGAUACACAGCUUGCCGCUAAAGCUGCAGGAGCUACAGUUUGAUGAUGUCGAAUGCUGGGACAGGUUGGAAUGUGAAGAAGGUGUCAAAUCUUUCCUACAACAUUGUCUUAAAUUUGGCUAUGUGAGUGAAAUAUCAUGAUCAGUCCCUCCAUUCCACACUGCCAUGCUUUCUCUCUUGGCGCACGCAUGGUAGCUGCAAGGUGCUCAGCAUCAUAAUUUCCAACAGAGUUAUGCAGGGGUAUGCAAUUGUGACGGAAUCUCGUCUGAGGUCAUGCAGGGGAGGUUGCCCCCUUUCUCAUUUCAGCUGGUGGUGCUUGAAGGAAGCUGUGUGGGGAGGAGAGGAAUCAAUGAAUCACCCCUCGCUUUCCAGACACACAGCUUGCCGUGAAAGUUGCAGGAGUUAAGAGUUACGGCUGGAUAAUGUUGAGCGUUGGGUCAGGUUGGAAUGUUUUGAAGGUUAAAGUCAAAUCUUUCUUGUAACCCUGUCUUAAAUUUGGCUAUGAGAUUGCAAUGCCAUGAUCAGUACCUACAAGGUGGUCGAUAUCGUCAUUUCCAACAAAAUGGCAGUAUGUAUAACAGGAAGGACAGUCAACUGUCAAAUUGUCUUGUCCGGAACCGUGCAGAGGAGGCUGUCUGAAGCCAAUGAUGCAACAGCAAGGACUAGCUAUAGAUUCCAAACAUCGAAAGCUCAACUCUUCUGAAGCCAACGAUGCAGCGACGAGGACUAGAAUUCUUCUGAACCUCAAAAGCUCUAUCUGAAGCCAACAUUGUAGCAACAAUGACUGGAACUAUGAAGCUUGUUGUAAACUUGAUUGAUACGGAAGCUGAGAGGAGACAUGCUUUUUAUCUUUGUGUAGAUCAACUAGAGAUGCUUCCAUUCAUCCUCCUGACCGCGGUCGGAUGGCGCGCGCUUUGUGCACAGUAUUCUUUUUUCUGUUUAUAUGAACAUAUGUAGGACCUGAUGGCCGGUCCGAUAUCUAAAAACCUCGUCAGAGAGCGGUGUUAUGUUUUUGCAGAGUAUGCUGGAAAAUGCUUGUAUUGGCUUUA